AUGUCCUCUCACAACGCUGCCAUGGCCUCAAGUGAAAGAAGCCAAUCCAAUGAGUUCUACAGUAGGCAAAAGGAGGAAGAGGAUCUGAAAAACUCAGAAGAUGUUCUAGUCCGUCAGAUCUUGCGACUUGUCUUCCUAGAUGAGAAGAUAGCUAAAUUGUUGCCAUUCCUGCUCCUCAAGUAUCAAAAGAAAGAGCCAAUCACCAAGGCAGAAAUGCUGCACAUUGUGGGUGAGGAUUACCAUGUGUACUUCCCUCUGAUUUUCAGUCUAAUGUGUGAGUGCAUGUGCCUGAGCUUUGGCAUUGAUAUGAGGGAAGUGGAUCCUCCUGGCCACACAUAUGUCCUUAUUCCUCUCUUGGGCCUCACUUAUAAUGGGUUACUGGUUAAUGACCAGAUCAUUCCCAAAAUCAACCUCCUAAUAGUCAUCCUUACUACCAUCUUCAUGAAGGAUAAUCGUGCUAGUGAGGAGGACAUAAAAAAAGUGCUGAGAAUGAGGGAAAAGUUGCCCCAGAGUAAAUACAUUGUUAUUAGGGAGCCCUGGAAAUUCAUCACUCAGGAUUUGGUACGGGAACAGUACCUGGAGUAUCGGAAGGUGCCCCAUAGUGAUCCAGCUCGCUAUGAGUUCCUGUGGGGUCCAAGAGCCCAUGCUGAAACCAGCAAGAUGAAAGUCCUGGAGCAUUUGGCAAAAGUCAAUAGGAGAGAUCCCAGGUCAUACACACGUCUGUAUGAAAAUGCUGUGAGAGGUGACCUACAGCAUGCCAUGCUUGACUGA